UUUUCUAUUUUUUUUUUUUGUUAAUUUCUUGCUCGAUAUCAAGGAUUAAGAAAGGAGAAAGAAAAAAAUAAAAGAAAUACAUUCAAGAACGAAAAACUCAUUUUAUUCAUACGCCUAUGCUUUUGAGUUUACUGCCAAAACGUGGGAGAAAUAAAUAGAACGACCAGUACGCAUGUUGGAUCGAAGUGAAACGGAACGCUUCUUUUAGUUCGCAAUUUCUAUAAUAUGGAGUAAAGAAGUACUGUAUAAUAAUAAUAAGAAGAAGAAACACACGUAAAAUAAAGUUGUACAAUCUGUGAAACAAACUUUUCGUAUGUAUUACGAUUUUAUACCAUUAAUAAAAAAUGAUUCUCCAACCAUCGAAUAAUAGGAUCGUUGGAGGCGCUUAUAUAAACAUCACGUUCGUUCCAUACAUGCUCUCGCUCAUGUUGGGAGGUCAACACAUAUGUGGUGGUGGUAUUCUUAACGAAAAUUUCGCUAUAACGGCAGCACAUUGUGCCCAAGUAGUUGCUAGACGUAUAAAUGAUUCCACAGUUCGUAGCGGAUCUUCUUAUAGAGACAAAGGUGGUGUCAUUCACAAUGUAGUAAAAGUAAUCAACCAUAAAAAGUUUAAUUCGAAUACAAACAAUUAUGAUAUCGCAAUCCUAAAGAUACACCCACCUUUUAAAUAUGAUAGUACUACUCAUCCAUUAAAGAUACCGUUUAAUGAAUCGACUCCUAGUGAUUUCGGCCUUGUAGCUGGUUGGGGAUACUUUUUGAACUUCGAUCCGGUUCUCUCCGAACAAUUGCAAUACGUUUUACUACCAAAAGUAUCGAAAGACAAAUGUAAAAAAGAUUAUUCAGGUAGCUUUGACGUAACUGAAACUCAAGUAUGUUAUGGAUUGAAUGAAGGAGGACAUGACGCUUGUAGAGGUGAUUCAGGUGGACCAAUGGUUAAUUUGGAUAAUGUUUUAAUCGCUGUGACAUCGUGGGGUGAUGGAUGUGCACACCCAAAUCAGCCGGGUGUUUAUACUGAUGCUGUUCUACUUCGUGAUUGGAUAAAGAACAACAUUGGAAAACAUUAAGACGGAAAUUAAUAUGACAAAAAUGUUACGAAAUACAAUUAUCUAUUUCGAUAAUGUUAAACAAUAUGUAUAUUGAUACAGAUAUAAAUAUAUAUAUAUAUAUAUAUAUAUAUAUAUAUAUAGGGUGAGCCAACUAACGUUGGUACCUUAAAUAUCUUUGUUGUUUUUAAAUAUACGUCAAAUGUCUUAAGGAAAAAGUUAACGGUUCAAUGGAACUCUCUCGAUGCCAUCAAUAUUUUUCUAUUCAUGUCAUAUUUUUUAAAGAUAUCAAAUUUACUUUUAUUUUUUUAAAUUGAACCACCA